GUCUGCAGUUCAAUUCAGGCAACUUUGGACAGCGACGACAUGGUCCCUGACUUGACCGGCCGCAGCCAAGAAAUGCUGCGGUUGCGCAUAAAGACCAUCGAGUGCAGCACCACUCAUUUUCACAUCUCUAGACUACCCCAUACUUCACUCUCUGUUGGUAAUACAUGACUGAGCCGUGGGCCUGAAAAUCCGAUUACCCGAAGGCCUUGUUCAUACACAAGAGCCUCGAAUGGUCGCUCUUCUACACGGUAUUCCAAAUCUUUAUGAGACGGAACUUGAUGGCUGUUUGCUCCGGCCAAAUCGGGAUUCCCCAAACUGCGGGCGCGAAUGACAUCAGACUUGCUCGUCAUUUUCUGAACCAUCGUCUGCCGCGGAUGAGGGAGGCAAAUCCUCACCAUUGAGAGAGCGUAUGAUGGAAGAUUUGUUCAUUGCGAUUCCCAUUACUUCUCCUGCUCUUCUAUAUAUCUCACUUGCUUUUUGCCUCCUCGUCCUUGCUUCUCGCAUGCUCUUCCGACAGAUAUCCCGUUUGUAUCGAACACCUCGACCGGCUCCUCGAAUGAGACUCGCCCAGAUGUCUUCGCAUAUUAGUAACGGCCAUACUAACGGCCACACCAAUGGAUCGCCAAAGAACGGGCACUCCGAUGCCACGGCUACUUUAGCAGAUAUUCCCAAAUCCAACAACUUCACCUCUAAACUUCCUCCCGAUCCACAGUUCCCCACGCCGAAGGACUCACAUAAUGCACCCCGGCAAAAGCUAGGUCCGCGUAUGGUCCGAGGUGCCCUUUACACCUUUGUCAGACCGGAGCCUACAGAAGGUCCAGAGCUUCUCGGGGUCAGCAAAGCUGCAUUACGAGAUAUUGGUUUGGCUGAAAGUGAGGCUCAGUCCGAAGAACUCAAACAAGUUGUGGCAGGAAAUAAGUUUUACUGGGAUGAAGAGAAGGGUGGCAUUUAUCCUUGGGCACAAUGUUACGGCGGCUUCCAGUUCGGCUCCUGGGCUGGCCAGCUGGGCGAUGGGCGAGCCAUCUCCUUGUUCGAGGCCACCAACCCUAAGACUGGGACUCGAUACGAGAUACAGUUGAAAGGAGCCGGAAAGACUCCAUAUUCACGUUUCGCCGAUGGCAAAGCCGUCCUGCGGUCGAGUAUACGAGAGUAUCUCGUCUCCGAGUACCUCAACGCAAUCGGGAUCCCUACCACGAGAGCCUUGUCAUUGACCUUGUGCCCCACAUCUACAGUUGUGCGAGAGCGACUGGAGCCUGGAGCGAUUGUCUGCCGUUUCGCUCAAUCCUGGCUAAGAUUCGGCACAUUUGACUUGUUGCGAUCCCGGGGCGACAGAAAUUUAAUCCGCAAGGUCGCGACUUAUAUCGCAGAAGAUGUCUUUGGCGGAUGGGAGUCAUUACCCGCAGCGCUGCCAGCCGACACAAAAGACGCCCAUCUCGACCCUGCAAGAGACGUUCCCAAAGACGAACUCCAAGGCAAGGAAGGCGCAGAAGAGAAUCGCUUCGCCAGACUAUACCGUGAAAUUGUCCGCCGCAAUGCCAAAGUCGUCGGCAUGUGGCAAGCUUACGGGUUUAUGAAUGGUGUGCUCAACACUGACAACACGUCUAUUUUCGGUCUCUCGAUGGAUUAUGGCCCGUUCGCGUUCAUGGACAACUUCGACCCAGCAUACACUCCCAACCAUGACGAUCACAUGCUUCGAUAUAGCUAUCGGGCCCAGCCCAGUAUCAUCUGGUGGAACCUUGUUCGCCUGGGAGAGACCUUGGGUGAGCUCAUCGGCGCGGGUGACCGUGUGGAUGACGACGUCUUCGUCGAGAAGGGGGUUGAGGAAGAUUUUGCCCCUGUUCUCAUCAAGCGUGCCGAAACUGUUAUCGAUCAGAUUUCAGAUGAGUACAAGGCAGUAUUCCUCAGUGAAUAUCGACGAUUAAUGACCCUGCGUCUGGGCUUGAAAACGCAGAAGGACGGUGAUUUCGAAACAUUAUUCUCGGAACUUCUUGAUACCAUGGAGGCAUUGGAGCUCGACUUCAACCAUUUCUUCCGCCGACUUUCAUCAGUCAAAGUCGAUGACGUCCGAACCAAAGAGAACUGCGAAGAGACAGCUGAACGGUUCUUCCACCAUGAAGGAGUCACAGGUCUCAAUGAGUCGAAUGACUCCGGUCGCGAGAAGGUCGGCAAGUGGCUCGAUUCGUGGCGGGCGCGAGUCGAGGAAGAUUGGGGUACCGAAUCAACUGCUGAUGCAGAGAGAGAAUCGGCCAUGAAAGCUGUCAACCCGAACUUUGUACCUAGAGGCUGGUUGCUGGACGACAUCAUUGAUCGCGUGCAAAACAAGAAGGAAAGAGAGAUUCUCGAUGGAGUCAUGCAGAUGAGCUUGAACCCGUUCCAGGAUGACUGGAAUUGGAACGAGGAGAUUGAGAAGAAAUUCUGUGGCGACGUGCCACGGCUUCAACGAGCAAUUCAAUGCAGCUGUUCGUCAUAAGCAGUAGGGAGGAGCAACGAAAAUUAUCUCUAACAACGAGUCGAUGAAUGAGGAUGUUUUUAGUUCACUACAAUCAGAAGUGCAUGGUUGUUGUCGUUGGUGGGUAAAAGUGUGUGGAUAUAAUUUGCGGAAUCCAGAUAUAUAUUCAUUCCGUCUCAACAUCUCCGACUGUCCUCCACCACUUCAGACACCACGAGCACGUCUGUACCAGCCAGGAUCCAGGCAUAGAAUAUGAGAUCAUUAAUAUGCUGCUAGCUUCUCAUCACCUAUCUGUCCCCUACCAUGCCAAGUGCUAGUUAACAUGAGAGAACUCAUAUUGUAGACUCCGCUCCAGAUUGCUAUCGGGCCAUCUUUCAAGCGACCUCCGUGCUCAUGGCACAUCUACUUGGAGGGCAAAAGCGCCCACCACUACUGAGGGUUGGAGGAUUGUGUAACAUUUUCAGUCGUAAAUGGAUUAGUACAAGUCGAAUAAUUCGAACAGACGACUGACGGUUU